CCUGUCUGUGUGUGCCGCCAGAGUGAUCUGGAGUACAUCAUGUGGACGGGCGACAACGCGCCCCACGACAGCUGGAAAACGUCCCGUCGCGAUGUGCUCAACGCCACGGAGCACGUGACGUCACUGCUGCGUCACCACUUCCCAGGCGUGGCCGUGUUUCCGGUGGUAGGGAACCACGACAGCGCUCCCACCAACUACUUCCCGCCGCUCGAUGUUGAGAAGCACAACUUCAGCAUGUCCGGGAUGUAUCAUGACUUCGCUAAGCUGUGGAGGCCGUGGCUACCCACUGCAGCCCUGAAGACACUGCGCCGGUCCGGGUUCUACUCCGUGCGGGUCCGACCCGGGUUCCGAAUCAUCGUUCUCAACACAAACGUGGCCUAUCGGUAUAACAUGUGGGUGCUGCUGACUGCACGCACCGACCCGCACCACCAGCUCAAAUGGCUGGCCGGAGUCCUGCGCUCGGCCAGGUCCAGCGGGGAGCGGUGUCACGUGAUAGGUCACGUGUCGCCCGCCGACCCAGACAUUCUGCCCGCCUGGAGCCACCUGUACCACGAGAUCAUCAGAAGUUACCAAGAUGUGGUGACAGCGCAAUUCUUCUCACAUACGCACCUGAACGAGAUCCAAGUGUACAAAGACCACAAAGACAGACCAUUUUCAGUAUCGUAUGUGUCUCCAUCUCUGACGCCGUGGAAAAAUGUCAACCCAGGCUAUCGGAUAUACACGAUAGAUGGCGCCAGAGGAAACCAUUCCAGCUGGGAGGUGGUGGACUACGAAAGGUGGACGGCCGACCUGGCCGAUGCCAACCGGGAGCCGGCGGAAGGUCCACGGUGGCGGCGCCAGGCGUCGGCAGCCCGCCGCUACCGUCUGCAGAACCUCUCGCCCCGCCGCUGGAGCCGCAUGGUCAACAAGAUGCUGCUCACUGGCAAGAUGUUCAACAGAUACCACAGGGACCAGAGCGGGGCUGCUCGUGUGCGGGGUCCCUGCGACAUCGCCUGUCGUCUGCGCACCGUCUGCGGCAUGGUCACCACCGACCGCACCAGCACGCUGCACUGCGACAUCGUCCGCCUGCUCCACCGGAUGGGCACGGCCGUCGGUCUCAGCUGAGCGCCGACUGCCGGCCGUCUUCUACCGACUGGACACUGACCUACCGGCCGUCUCGCGCCGCCUGGACACUGACCACCGGCCGUCUCGCGCCGCCUGGACACUGACCACCGGCUGUCUCGCGCCGCCUGGACACUGACCACCGGCCGUCUCGAUGACUGGAUGCUGGCCGUCAGUCGCGGGCUGUUGGGCGCAGGCGCGGGACAUGCCCUCGGCGCGCUGUCCACCGUCAGAACCGGCGGUGUUCCGUUGGACCGGCGAUGCCGAAUGGACUGACCGAUGCUGCGUGGUGGCUGCUCACAGUGUUCAACCUGAAGGACGUAGAUCCACCAAUAUGCUGUGUUGUGCUAGUUACAGUCGCAGCGAGCGGCGUAGGCGCCUGUCGGCUCAGGGGACGCCACCGAGAGCCGUGUGGCCGCCUGCCGGCUCGUGGGGCGCCGCCACGAACCCCGUGAAUGUCUGUGGGCUCAAGGGACGUCUUCCCCAUCUCCAGCCGCCACCUCUUGCUUUCCAAUGGUCCUCUGAAAUCUUGACUUCACUCUUGUCCCCAUGCAUGCAGGACCAGUGCAUGAUACGAUCACCAGACUAGUGGCUCAGCAUCAAUGUUACGCGUUGCGGAUCUGUGGGCGGAAGCCUCCUCUACAUCAGCUUCAAUAUCCACUGUGAUGUGUUUGUUGUGUUGGAGGAUGCUUCCUAAAAUCACGUGUGUCUCCUUCUAGAAGGAAUGCAGUUGUUAAUUUUCAUGUACCAAUGUGAUUCAUUUUACGCGGGAUGGCUCUUAUACCCCGCCGAUACACCGCGAUUUUCAGUCGAGGGCACCGACCGCUUGCAGUGUUGGCAGAGGAGUCCCUGCCGCUCGCGGACGGGGUUUGAAGCGACUGAGACUGGGACCGCGCGAUCGUCGUGCAUGGCGUGUUGCCUGAAGGGCUCGGCGCACGUCCCAUGUCACCAUGCUGAAAACCAAACAAUGUGUUGCACAAUAAAGGCCAAGAACGGGCGCCGAGGCGAUACCGGGCUAUGUCGGCCGAUAUCA